AUGGCGAGCAACAAGAAACAAGCAGUUGAAGGUGCAAUCAGCAGGCCAGAUUUUAUACACCGGACUGUUUAUCCAUUAGGCAAAGCCUCCAUUUAUCCGUUGAUUCCAAGCCAAGCUCGAGGUGAACUUAUAUCGAGGCCCUCACAAUUUCUGUACAUGGCUGAUUCAUCAUCUGGUGCCAACGGUAUGAAUGCGGGAAGGAAGGAUUUCAAGAACACAUGUCAAGGUGAUGCCUCAGCGCACUCUCACCAUCUUUGUGAAAUUGCAAAGACAAAAGUCAAUCACAUUCAUGGUUCUGAAAAUGUAACGUCUAUGCCGACAAACAGCUUUUUGAGAAAGGUCGAUGACGGAAGAUUGCUGAGGACUGGUAUUUGUAAUAAGUGCUAUGGCACCUUAUUGUCUUUAGGUCGUCCACCUCACAUUAAGGAUGGAAGUAACACACCGGUCAAUGUGAUUCAGGAUGAAGAAUUGGACCUACGACUCACCUUAGGUCGCAACUCUGGGGAGAACAUUGUUUCUAGCACAACUGAUGAAGAAGCUAAACAUGCAUCUAGCACAGCCAUUACUUAUAACAGGACGAUUGGAGACUAUCCAAAAUAUGCUCAAUUGUUAGGAGCAACUAGCCAGACGAACAUUAUUGAGUCAAAUGCUCAUUGGAAUAACAUACCGGUGUAUGUGAUUCGCAAUGGUGGAGGCCAUGCCUAUCGAACCUUAGGUUGCAACUAUAAGCACAGAGGAAAUGUCAUUGUUUUUGGAGGAGUUAAGGUCACUGCCAAUGAUGAGGCAAUGGUUGAUAAUCAGAACUCUGCUCAAUCUUCAAAGGCAACUAGUCGAGUAGGCGUAGUUGAGCCAAAUGCUCAUCCUUCUCCACACAGAAAUUUGAAUUCAGCAAGCAAUGCUAAAAAGCCUAAUGAUUUCGAAAUGGAGAAGCCAAGGAUGAUCGGUGCGCCUCACCCUAACGCAUUCCUAUCAUCCAUUCCAAAUCUAUUAUCGACUGGGAUAUUUGAUGGUGCUCCAGUGAAAUACAAAUUGAAGAGGCGUAAUUACAUUAGUCCCUACCAAUUUGAGCUCCAUGCUGGGGGGAGGACGAGGCAUCCAAAUGCUUGCAUCUACUUGGAGAAUGGCAAGACUAUCUACGAAGUUUUUCAAGUCCUGAGGGACACACCGGAGGAUAUGCUUUUUCAUGUAAUUCCUACCGUCGCUGGUUCCGCUCAAGGUUUUUUUGUUUGUGCUUUGAUUGCAUUUGCGAAUCUGGGUUUUGCUUUUGAUUGUUUCAAUGUGUACGACGGAGAGGAUGUUUUGUCCAGGUGUACAUUAGCCUUCGUACCUAGUUCUGGAUAUGGUUGCCGGAAUUCUGUUUGGGCUUUGAAGGCAGUGGCUGUGACUAUAGAAUAG